UCCAGGCCCCUCCAAGCCUUUCCUCGCGCAGCCGCCGCCAAAGCCUGGAGAAGUGGAAUCUCGCCGCCGCCGCCGCUCCCUGCGCGGGCCUCGCGGAGCCGCACUGGGCAUGCUCAGUCGCCGGAGCCAGCGCUGCUCUAAGUAGGAAGCUCGCGUGCUGCAGCCCGCAGCUGAUCCGGGUGCUCAGCGGACUGCGAGACCUAGGAGCCGGGUCCGGAGCCGAUCGAACGCCGUGCAGCGCUGCCAGAGUGCCAGUUCUGAGCUCCUGGGAAGGCCGCCCACCCUCCCUCCCUUUGUUUCUCGGUGGGAGAGUCAGUAGAGGAGCGGCCGUGCUCUCCAGCCAAGCAUGCUGUGGUCGGAUCUGCCCAGCCCUGGAAUAGACUCCUUUGCCGGAUGGAAAAUCCAUAAAAGAAAGCUCUUGUGAAAAACUGAUUCCCACGCUGACUUAAGUGCACCCAGCUAGCCCUCUCACUGUUUCCGGAGUCCUUGGGAGUUCCUGAGUCCCCGCUAACACGCUGACUGUCGCUAUGGGCAGAAGGUACCCAGAGGCUCUCAGGUGUCCAGGCAGCUCGUAUUGCAAAUUAUAACCUGUUUCCUGCACCAUUGCUGACGCCCAACGAUCCAUGUCAGAAGUACUUCCAGCUGACUCGGGUGUUGGCACCUUGACAGUGUUUAUGGCCAGCAGCGGAACCACAGACAUUGCAAAUCGGAACAGCCCAGCCACACCACCGAAUACCCUCAAUCUCCGUUCCUCCCACAAUGAACUAUUAAAUGCAGAGAUCAAACACUCAGAUGCAAAGAACAGCACGCCCCCCAAAUGCAGAAAGAAAUAUGCACUGACUAAUAUUCAGGCGGCCAUGGGCCUCUCGGAUCCAGCCGUACAGCCUCUGCUGGGAAACGGCUCUGCCAACAUCAAGCUGGUUAAAAAUGGGGAGAACCAGCUCCGCAAGGCUGCAGAACAGGGGCAGCAGGACCCCAACAGGAACCUCAGUCCUGCAGCCGUCAUCAACCUAACCUCUGAGAAGCUGGAGGUUAAAGAUCUCCACCCACAGGAGUCCUCAGGCUGUGAGAUUUUACCCUCCCAGCCCAGGAGAACUAAGAGCUUCCUCAAUUACUAUGCGGACCUGGAAACCUCGGCUAGAGAGCUAGGGCAGAACGUGGGACCCUGCCAAGGGGUUGGAGAGGAGAAAGCCCAGCCAGGCCCAGGCCAGGCCCCAGUAGUCAUUGGGAAUGGAGACUUGCUGCCACAGAAACCAAACAAACCCCAGUCCAGCCCAGAGGAUGGCCAGAUAGCCACAGUAUCAUCCAGUCCGGAGACCAAGAAAGACCACCCUAAAACAGGAGCCAAAACCGACUGUGCACUCCAUCGGAUCCAGAACCUGGCACCAAGUGAUGAGGAAUCCAGCUGGACGACGCUAUCCCAAGACAGUGCCUCCCCAAGCUCCCCAGAUGAAACAGCAGAUAUCUGGAGUGAUCACUCAUUUCAGACAGAUCCGGAUUUGCCGCCUGGCUGGAAAAGAGUCAAUGACAUUGCUGGGACCUAUUACUGGCACAUCCCAACAGGGACGACUCAGUGGGAACGGCCUGUCUCCAUCCCAGCAGAUCUCCACGGCUCUAGGAAAGGGUCACUUAGCUCUGUAACGCCAUCUCCCACCCCGGAGAAUGAGAAACAGCCAUGGAGUGAUUUUGCUGUUCUGAAUGGGGGAAAGAUUAAUAGUGACAUUUGGAAGGAUUUGCACGCAGCCACAGUUAACCCAGACCCCAGUUUAAAAGAGUUUGAAGGAGCAACGCUACGCUAUGCAUCCUUGAAACUCAGAAAUGUCCCUCAUGCUGAUGACGAUGAUUCUUGUAGUAUCAACAGUGACCCAGAAGCCAAGUGUUUCGCUGUGCGUUCUCUGGGCUGGGUAGAGAUGGCAGAGGAGGACCUUGCCCCCGGGAAGAGCAGUGUCGCUGUCAACAACUGCAUCCGGCAGCUUUCCUACUGCAAAAACGACAUCCGGGACACAGUGGGCAUCUGGGGAGAGGGCAAAGACAUGUACCUGAUCCUGGAAAAUGACAUGCUCAGCCUGGUGGACCCCAUGGACCGCUCCGUGUUACACUCCCAGCCCAUCGUGAGCAUCCGCGUGUGGGGUGUGGGCCGAGACAACGGCAGAGAGAGGGACUUUGCUUAUGUGGCGAGAGACAAAGACACGAGGAUUCUGAAAUGCCAUGUGUUUCGAUGUGACACACCAGCAAAAGCCAUUGCCACAAGUCUCCACGAAAUCUGUUCCAAGAUUAUGGCUGAGAGGAAGAAUGCCAAAGCCCUGGCCUGCAGCUCUUUACAGGAGAGGACCAAUAUGAGUCUCGAUGUCCCUUUGCAAGUAGAUUUUCCAACACCAAAGACGGAGCUGGUGCAGAAGUUCCACGUGCAGUACCUGGGCAUGUUACCUGUAGACAGACCUGUCGGCAUGGACACCCUGAACAGUGCUAUAGAAAAUCUUAUGACGUCAUCCAGCAAGGAGGACUGGCCUUCAGUGAACAUGAACGUGGCAGAUGCCACUGUGACAGUUAUCAGUGAAAAGAAUGAAGAGGAAGUCUUGGUGGAGUGUCGAGUGCGGUUUCUGUCCUUCAUGGGCGUCGGGAAGGACGUCCAUACAUUUGCCUUCAUCAUGGACACUGGGAACCAGCGCUUUGAGUGCCAUGUGUUCUGGUGUGAGCCUAAUGCAGCCAAUGUGUCGGAAGCUGUCCAGGCUGCCUGCAUGGUGAGUGAGCCCAUCCUGUAUGUAGAAACCCACCCUACCUGUCCCGCGCUUCACUGACCAGCAGCAAUGACAACACCGAGGCUCCUUCUCACGCGGUUUACUCAGGAAUUCCUUUUUGUUGCAGCUCUUUCAGGUUUCUUGGUGUUACAGCUCUCUCAGGUUUCUUGGUGUUACAGCUCUCUCAGGUUUCUUGCUUCUGUGGAAUGGCCCCGGCUGCCCAGCGAACGCUGCUUUUAUACCCGAGCCCGAGCUCU